AUGGGGGACCCAAACUCCCGGAAGAAACAAGCUCUGAACAGACUUCGUGCUCAGCUUAGAAAGAAAAAAGAAUCUCUAGCUGACCAGUUUGACUUCAAGAUGUAUAUUGCCUUUGUAUUCAAGGAGAAGAAGAAAAAAUCGGCACUUUUUGAAGUGUCUGAAGUUAUACCAGUCAUGACAAAUAAUUAUGAAGAAAAUAUCCUGAAAGGUGUGCGAGAUUCCAGCUAUUCCUUGGAAAGUUCCAUAGAGCUUUUACAGAAGGACGUAGUACAGCUCCAUGCUCCUCGAUACCAGUCUAUGAGAAGGGAUGUAAUUGGCUGUACUCAGGAGAUGGAUUUCAUUCUUUGGCCUCGGAAUGACAUUGAAAAAAUUGUCUGUCUCCUGUUUUCUAGGUGGAAGGAAUCUGAUGAGCCUUUUAGGCCUGUUCAGGCCAAAUUUGAGUUUCAUCACGGUGACUAUGAGAAACAGUUUCUGCAUGUACUGAGCCGCAAGGACAAGACUGGAAUUGUUGUCAACAAUCCUAACCAGUCAGUCUUUCUCUUCAUUGACAGACAGCACUUGCAGACUCCAAAAAACAAAGCUACAAUCUUCAAGUUAUGCAGCAUCUGCCUCUACCUGCCCCAGGAGCAGCUCACCCACUGGGCAGUUGGCACCGUGGAGGAUCACCUCCAUCCUUACAUGCCAGAGUAGAGCACUGACCAGCACAGUGGAGAAGAUCGGAGAAGGCAGCAGCAAUGUUUUU